GAGGGAGGUGACGGCUGACAGCAAGAGGAAAUUCCCCUGGAACCUGCUUCUCAGUUUCCUGGCUCUACUGGGAGACGGCUGGAAAGAGGCCGGCCUGAGACCCCGGUGGCCAUGGCUUCGGCCCCGAACCCACCGCGGGUCCCCAAGCCCAAGGCAACCCAGCCUUCACACUAUCACGAGAGCUUUCUGGAGAAAAAGGGGCCCAGCGACCCGGAUUAUAGGAAGUUCUGGGCAGGCCUCCAGGGCCUCACCAUCUAUUUCUACAACAAUAACCGGGAUGUCCAGCCCCUGGAGAAGCUCGAUUUGAGAACAUUUGUGAAGCUCACAGAUGAGGCUCCCCAGGGAAGCACGUGGGAUGCCGGCCUCCACUUCAGCCUGGUCCUCAGGGAUCAAGAAAUCAAGUUUAAGGCAGAGAGCCUGGAGUCUCGGGAGAUGUGGAAAGGCUUCAUCCUGACUGUGGUGGAGCUCUGUGUCCCGUCCAACCUGACCCUGCUGCCCGGUCACCUGUACAUGAUGGCCGAGAUCCUGGCCAAGGAGGAGGCGCGCCGCGCGGGGGAGCUGCCCUCGUGCUUCCUGAAGGUGAACCGGGUGGACGCUCAGCUCCUCCUGGAGCGCUACCCCGAGUGCGGCAACCUCUUGCUUCGGCCCAGCGGGACCGGCGCGGACCACGUAUCGGUCACCACGCGACAGGUGUUCUGCGGGAAGCCGAUUGUCCGGCACUACAAGGUCAAGCGCGAAGGCUCUAAGUACGUGAUCGAUGUGGAGGACUCGUUCUCCUGCGCCUCUCUGGAUGCAGUGGUCGACUAUUUCGUGUCACACACCAAGGGGGCGCUGGUGCCCUUCCUGCUGGACGACGACUACCAGAAGGUGCUAGGCUACGUGGAAGCAGAUACUGAGAACGGCGAGAGUGUGUGGGUGGUGGCCUCCGCCCCGGGCCCAGGUCCCGCACCCCCCACCGAUGGCCCCAAGCCUCCACCGCCUGUGUCCAGCCAGAACAAGCCCCCCCUUCCUCCCCUGGCCGCUCCACCGAGCCAAGAAGAGAAUUACAAUUACGUGACUCCCAUCGGGGACCCCCCGACUCCCGACUACGAGAACCAAGAGGUGAUUCUCUCCAGGCGGCUGAUUGCCAUGAAGCCCAAGAAGGUGGCCGAGCACCCCGCCAAGCCCCUGAAGCCACCCAUCCUGCCCCGGCCAGAUCUCAGAGGCCACACUGGCAUCCCAGCCAGGAAGCCACCAGGAAGCUCAUGCCAAGCUUUGUUCCCCACAACCAUUUGCUCCUCAGGGCUGGGGGAUGUGACGGCAGAGCUGGAGGAGAAGCUGCAGAGGCGGCGGCGGGCACUGGAGCAGUGAGUGGACCCCAGGGCACCAGCCAGCCAGUCUCGGGGACAGAUCUGCUCGGGAUUAAAAUUCAAAUGACCUCUA